CAUCACCAUUUCAGUUUUGGACUGUUUGUUAGUUAUCAAAUUAUUCUUUUAAUUAUAAGAUGUUUAUGUAGAAAGUUCUUUGUAUAAUUGUGGUUUUUCUUGUCACAGUACAUUGGAUCUUUAAAAAUCCUUAAUCUUAGCUAUUCAUUUGACCUAAUUGAAACCCCGAAUUUUGGCGGACUCCCUAGUCUGGAGAGCUUGAUCCUGAGACUAGACAUUGUUGGAGUUUAAUCAAGGUUGGUGAAUUGAUUCCAUACCUUAAAAAAACUAAAUUCGUUAGAUCUAACCAGUUGUAGAAGCUUGAGGGAUCUUCCAUGCUUACCUAGAUCCGUUAAAUCCCUUCAAAUAUCUGGUUGCAAAAAGCUUCAAGUUCUUGGAUCGAUUGCAGACCUUACAAAACUAGGCUCAUUAGAUCUAAGCGAUUGUGAAAGCUUGAGGAAUCUUUGGUGCUUGCCUAGUUCCAUUGAAUGGCUUUAAAUGAAUGGAUGCAAAAAGCUUGAAGUUCUUGGAUCGUUUGCAAACCUUACACGACUAUACUCAUUAGAUCUAACCAAUUGUGAAAGCUUGAGAGAUCUUCCAUGCUUACCUAGAUCCCUUAAUUAUCUUAAAUUAUAUGGUUGCAAAAAGCUUGAAGUUCUUGGAUCGUUUGCAAACCUUACAGAACUAUACUCAUUAGAUCUAAGCUAUUGUAUAAGCUUGAGGGAUCUUCCGUGCUUACCUAGAUCCCUUGACUCGCUUCAAAUGUCUGGUUGUGGUGUUCUUGGAAGGGUCGAUCAAUGCUUGGGUUCAUUUUCAUCACUUUCCUUUUUAACGGAAUUCAAUUUGUCACACUCCUAUCUCUUUGACAAUUCUUUCCCAGAUGAAUGGAGUAGCCUGGUCUCACUCAUGAAGUUGAAUAUAGAUGGCAACAAUAUAACCUUCUUACCAAAAUGUGUUCAAACCCUACCGAGAAUUGAAGAGCUCAGAGUCUCACAUUGUUCAAAACUCCAAUCAGUUCUAGGUCUCCCAAAUUCCGUCAAUCAUCUGUUUGUCAAUGACAAUGAAUCAUUGGAAAAAGUACAGCCUGAAGAAAAUUCAAGGACCAUAGUGCACCACAUGAACUGCCCAAAAUUGUGUGAGAUCGAGGGUCGUUAUAAAAUUCAGUCAAUAGAUAAAGUUGAGAGGAAAAUCAUACGAUAUCUAGGAUUAGAAUCAAAUGCAUGUGAAGGAAUGGAGUUGGAUCUUGAGGUGUUUCAUGAGUUUGGCAUAUUCAGCACAUUUGUUUCAGAAAAACAAACCCCUUCUUAUUCCUGCUUCACGUAUAAUUAAUGGGCUCUCGAAUUUCAUUUGAAGUUCCAUGGUAUAGUAAUAGUUUGAGAAUAAUUGGCUUUAAUAUAUGUGUCGUUCUUUCUCUAUCAUUCUUGCAAAUGGGUUUUGAUCUGGAGAUUGGAGUACAAAACAAGACCAAAGAUUUGCUGUGGAGUUACUUUAAAAGAGAUCAAAAUAUCCGUAAGAAUGCAGGAAAGUUCGCAUUGUUAUGCCUUUGGAGGUGUGGCAAUCUGUUGGAGGGUGGAGAUGAACUUUUCUCGUAUAAUACGUGUAGAGGAAUGUUGCAUAAACCUUAUAUUAUAAGAUUAUGAAGAAUUACUUGAUGAAGAAAGAAAGGAGGCUCAUGAUGUCAAUGUCUUUGAUCAAAUGUCAUGGACUGAUAGAAUGGAUAAAGAUAUAUCUCAUUAUGUUUUCCCAGGGAAGAAACAUGUGUUCCGAGAUGAUCAUCUGGAAUAUAAUGCAAUAAAAGAAAAAUGGGAGAGACCAACAAUCUCCUACCCCAUUAAUAGCCCCCAAGACAGGAGCCUAGUGGUUUCAUAAAGGGGAUUCAAGGUUCAAACAUUGCACGUUUCUAGUUUUCUUAUUGCUCUAUCAAAUGAAGGCAUCGACAAAAUUAAGCCAAUUAAAAGUCAAAGAUUAUGUCUCCUGUUUCCUCUUGGAUGUGGAAAAUUAAUCUUCUUCUUGGAUGCCAUAUCAGUGCUGCUGGGAAACUCCUAGUGUGUUAUUGGAUACACAUUUCGUUUGAUCAAGCAUGACAAUGGUCAGCCAGAUAAUGUGUGAAAUGGUGGGUCAAUAUAAGCUUUAAUCAAUAGACAAAGUUGAGAGAAUAAUUCAGGUGUUUUCUCUCUCUCUCUCUCUGGUUUGCAUAUAUGUUUUAGGCUAUUGCUGACAAUCAAACUAAAUAACAAAUGGAAUGUUUGUCAUGAGUUUGGAAUAUUCAGCACAUGUGUUUCGGAACAUCUAUUUGCAGGUGAGUCAAUCAAUUGGUGUGUGGAGAAUGGAGAUCACAUUGUUGGUCCAUUUGUAACUUUCAUGUGUGGAGUGGCAUCAUUUACCAUCUUGAGGUGGAUCUGUAUUUUGGAUUAACUUAUUAGAGAAUGUAUCUUUUCUAAAUUUUAUUGAUACGUCAUGUCCAUGAAAACAUUAGAGAAACUCAUUAUAAAAUCACAAAUUGUGGUAGUAGCUUGAAUAUAUUUUUAUAUUGGUUAUACGAGAUCUAUAGCUUGUUUUAUAUGAAAGUUCCUUAUGUUUUUUAAAAGAAUCUUAAUAACUGGUUUCUUUUUAUUUGAUCAUUUUUGUUUCUCUUUUUAGUUUUGUUCUUUUUUAGUUCAAUACAUCAACAUGUAUUUUGAUUAAAUUGAGUUUUGCAUUGCUGUUUCAUCCAAAAACUUUUUAUUGCUAGACUUUUGUUACGAUUUCAUGGAUAGUUGUAAGGGGAAUUGCCCUCUAAUCACUUUUAGUUGGUGCACAAAUGUUGAUAGAGGCUUGCUGUGGAGAUUGAAAGAUAAAGAACCUGGUGAAACUAAUAAACCGUAGUUUUUGGUGUUGAUUCACUUAUGUUUGUUGUUUCUUACAAAUUCUGGGGAUUCAAGCAGAAUGGGAUAAAGGAAUGUUGUUGUUACUCACCAAGUAUGAUCAUGACUAUUUACCGAUGCCCACAAUCACAAAUGACGGGUUUCUAUACAAGUAAAGAAUCAUGUUGUUUCCAUAAUUAUUAGAUUGAUUUGUUUCAAACAUACUUGAAAUCUUUCAUGUAAGAAAAAACUUAAUUAGCUCUUAGAAAGAAAACAGAGGAUAGGAACAGGGGAAGAGUG